UUUAAUUUUGGUUUGGUUUAGGUUGAGGAGCAUAAUGCUAUUGGAGCAUUGGGCGGGGCUGGGUAUAGAGUGAGAAUGAAGGAGCUGAGUGGUGUGAGGAGAAUUGGGGUUAUGAAAAGAUCAGGUUCAUUGCCUCUGAGAAACGACAUUGUAGUCGGAUGCCGAAUCCAAUUGAGAUCGGCAUUCGAUUCCUUUUUCAUUACCUCAGAACACCAAAGUCUUCGUUUCGUUCUUAUCGGCGUCGUUCUUUGAUAGGUGAAAUCCAAAAUUUAAAAAAGAAAUAUAUUAAACAGAUUAUUUUCCUUGUCUUUUUGGUGGCAGUUUGGUUCUUAUCAGGAAUGUUCGAGAGAGUAGAUUCCUCUGGAGGCGACUCUGAUUUUGUUGAAAAAGAUCCCACUGGUCGUUACGCUAGGUAUGAUGAGGUCUUGGGCAAGGGUGCUUUUAAGACUGUUUACAAGGCAUUUGAUGAAGUUGAUGGUAUAGAAGUUGCCUGGAGCCGCAUGAAGAUCGAUGAUGUUCUGCAGUCUCCAGAAGAUUUGGAGAAGUUGUAUUCGGAGGUUCAUUUGCUUAAAUCGUUAAAGCAAGAAAACAUCAUUAAGUUCUACAAGUCAUGGGUGGAUGACAAAAAGAGAACUGUUAACAUGAUCACUGAGCUCUUCACAUCUGGGAAUCUGAGGCAAUAUCGUAAAAAGCAUAAGAAUGUUGAUAUGAAGGUCAUAAAGAACUGGGCCAGGCAGAUUCUCAGUGGUUUAGUCUAUCUACACAGUCACAAUCCACCUAUUAUUCACAGAGACUUAAAAUGUGACAAUAUUUUUGUUAACGGCAAUCAUGGAGAGCUUAAAAUUGGAGACCUUGGGUUGGCAACCAUCAUGCAGCAACCUACCGCCAAAAGUGUUAUUGGAACUCCUGAAUUCAUGGCUCCAGAGCUUUACGAAGAAGAAUAUAAUGAACUCGUUGACAUAUAUUCUUUUGGGAUGUGUGUAAUAGAAAUGGUUACAAUUGAGUAUCCAUAUAGCGAAUGCAAAAAUCCAGCUCAAAUUUAUAAAAAGGUUACCUCUGGCAUUAAACCUGCUUCCCUUGCUAAGGUGACUGAUCCCCAAGUUAGGGAGUUUAUUGAGAAAUGUCUCGUUCCAGCCUCUGAGAGAUUGUCAGCAAAAGAUCUUCUGAAAGACCCCUUCCUUAAAGUUGAGAAUCCAAAGGAACCCACCCGUGACCCUUUGCAGUUACCUAACCAAGACCUGAAAUUGAUUAAUUUACCCAAGUCUGGUCCUUUAUCCAUGGAUUUAGACCCCGAGUAUAAGCAGCUCUCUUUAAGCACAUUUACUGAUAGCAACCAUGGAAGUCCACAUUCUCCAGUUUUGGAAUAUCAAAGGACCCAUAGGAACAAUGAGUUUAGGUUGAGUGGGACGAAAAAUGAUGACACCUCAAUUUCAUUGACCUUACGUAUUGCCGACUUGUUUGGUCGAGUGAGGAAUAUACAUUUCCUCUUCUAUCUUGAUAGUGAUACUGCACUCUCAGUGGCGGGUGAGAUGGUUGAACAUCUAGAGUUGGCAGAUCAUGAUGUGGCCUUCAUAGCUGAAUUUAUUGACUAUUUGAUAAUGAAACUUUUGCCUAGUUGGAAGCCUUCAUCAGGUUACUCGGUUGGAGCAGCAAUAAGUCUCAAUGGUGGGUCCCCAGUCCAAGGAAAUGGCAAAACUUCAAUGACAACGCUCCGGGAUACAACGCAAACUGGUGCUCCUUUUGAGUUUGCGGUGGAGCAAGAUGUUUCUGGACAUGGCACAAAUCCUCGAGAUCUUAUUCCAGCCCAAGGAGAACGCAUGUUUGAUGGUGACUAUCAUUCUUCUCCCAGUUUGAUUAAUUUUGAAGAUCAAGAAUCACAAGCAUCAAUUAGUUCAGAUAUCCUUGUUGAAGGUGCUUCUGCCAAAAAUGAUAGAUCAGCAUCCGAACCUGCUGAUUAUUAUGUUGGUGGAAGCUGUAAAGACUUAAACGGUUACGCCUUCGAAUUAGACCUUGGAGAUUUCUAUUAUGAUCAUUGUAAAUUGCAAAGAUACAAUAGCGAUGCUGGAGAAGGUACCUUCCUGAAUGAAUUUAUGAAAAAUUCAGAACUAUCAUUCCCUAACUUAAGUGGAGUAUUGAGCAUUACAAGCAGUUGUUCAUCUCUGUGUUUGGCUGACAAAGAUUACGAUGAGCUAAAGAUGGAAAUGAAUGCAGUUGUGGCUCAAUAUCAGCACUGGUUUGAAGAACUUUUUAAGAUGAGGGAAGAAGCAUUGGAGGCUGCCAAAAAGAGAUGGAUGGCAAAGAAGAAACUGACUGUAAAUUAAUUAAAAGCAUUUGACAGAACGUAUAUCAUUUCAUUGAUGUUCAUAUUGUCCAUAUUUUUUUUUUAACUUCCACCAGCUGUGAUAAUAACCACGAUCUCCUAUAUGGGAUUUCAUGUCAUUUGCUGCAUUUUGUGGACGGCAAGCUUAGUUUUCAAUUGAACUUGCAUGUAGAUAACUUAAAUUUCUGGAAAUUAAACAAACU